AUGUUUGAUUCUGCUGUUCCUGGAUUGAGAGCUAAAAGAAUUCAGGUAUUCAUCUGUUGCUUUAUGCAAUAUGCUAUGUUACAUUCAUGUAGAUCAACAUGGAGUUUCACAAGUGGAAUAUUAGCAAAAUAAGAUGAUCACGAACAUGAUGAUGAAAAAAUUGAUGAUUUUGAUAAAAAAUAUUUAGGAUAUGUAAACUUUUCAUUCCUUUUUGUUUAUGGAUCUUCAAUGCUUUUGUAUAUUAAAUAAUUUACUUAGCCUUGGUCAAAUUGGAGAUAGAAUAGGUCCAAAACUUUUUAUGUUAUGCGGAACAUUUUCUACAGGAAUCAUAUAAUUCAUGAUAGCUGCAUUAUUGCCAGUUGAAAAACAUAAUCGAUGGUUAUUGCUUGUUCUUUAAAUAUUCAAUGGUAUUUCUUAAGCUCCAGCAUGGCCAGGAUUGAUGGCUAUAAUGAAUAAUUGGCAGAGUAAACCAAAUAAAAUGAUAGUUAUGGGUUAUUUUGCAGCAUGCACAAAUGUUGGUAAUAUCUUAGGAGACUUGUUUGCUGCUCUCUUAAUUGAAUAACUAGGUAUGAGUGUUAUGGCACCCAUAUAUGUAUCUGCAGUUGGCGUUUUAAUAAUGUCAGUCAUCAACAUUUUUUUAAUUGAAGCUAGUUCUGCUAAAGAAUACAUAGCUUAAUUUAAGAAUCCAUUAACAAAAUCAUUAGUCUAUAAAUAGGCUCAUGAUGAAUAUAUGAGUAGAGCUGCAUCAGUAGUUUCUGUCUCAUAAGAAUCAUUUAUUACUGAUUUAAGUUAAACACUUUUGACAGUGGAUAGAGACUCUCAAAUGAAUCCACAUGUACCUCCUAAACCUAAGAAGAAUAAAAAAGAUAGUAUCAAUAUGAUUUCAGCUUGGAAAUUACCUAAUGUUGCUUUGUAUGCAUUCGCGUUUGGUUGUAUUAAGGCUGUUUUCUACAUUCUUGCAUUUUGGCUACCUUCAUAUUUGAAGGGAGAAAAUCUAGAAGGAGUGGCAUGGAUUACUUAAAUGAUUGAAUGGGGUACAAUUCCAGGGGGCAUUUUGAUAUGGUAAUUAUAUUAUCAUUAUUUUAGUUAUGCAGGAGUUUAUUGGAAUCUAAGGGCAAGUCUUAUUGUUCCUUCAUUAUGGAUUGGAACAGUGGUUAUGGUCAGCAUCAACUUUUUAUCAAAAUUAGAAUAACCUUAUGCUCUCUAUUAUAUUUUAGUAUUUCUUACAGGAUUAAUGAUUGGUGGUGUAUAUAAUAAUGUUUCAGGUGCUAUCGUGAUUGAACUGAGUAAUAUGAAAGAAUUAAAGGGUACUAUCAUGAUUUAUAAUUUAAAGGAAACAAGAAAUCUACCGCUACAGUUACUUCAGUUGUCAUGGGAUAUGGUGCAGUGUUUGCAGCCAUAAAUCAAUUGAUUGUACCAUAUUUAGAAUCAAUACUUUUUUUAUACUGCAGUCUCAAUGCAAUUGUGGCUGGUUGCUUCCUUAUUCCAUUAAUUAUUAACGAAUAUAAAAGAUACAAGGAAUAGAAGAUAUAAGUUAGCGAUACAAAAUGA